AUGGACAUCUUCCAGACGACGGUGACAUCUCUGCGAAUUAUAUGGACAUUCGUCGACGGAUGCAAAUCAUUUUCCAAAGAUGCCGCGUCGCUUGCGGUUCGCCUGAAAUAUGACGAAAGAAUCAUCGUCCGAAUCCUGCAAUACUUCGAGGACCGCAAAACUCGUUCGCAGAGUCAAAUCCUUAGCCAAGACGACGAGAUUCUGUUGAACGAAUUGGCCGAAUACCUCCGUGUAUUUCUUGAAGGUAUUGAGAGCGCAAGAUUCAAAGUGCAAACAAGGGGUCUGUUGCGGCUCUGGACACAAGCGAUGUGGGCUUUGCGAGCCAAGGACAUCCAGAAGCUGGAGAAAGAGCUCUACGAAUGGACACAACGCUUUGAUGUUCGACUUGUCGCGUUGCCUGCUAAUCUGAAGACUCUUUUGGACCUGAGCCGUGAGGCAGCGACGGAACAAGACUCUCCAGGCCUGUUUGUUCUCCGUCAGGUCGAGACCAUGAAAGCCCAUAAACCACAGGCGAAUGUCGCCAAUUUGCGGUGUGAGCCAGACGCUGUUGAGCUGCGGGAGAGGACAAAUCGCUCGCUGGAAAGCUAUGUGGCUGAGUACAAAGGUCGGGUUUCGUUCGUGGAGUACUAUGCUCAAUCUCGGCUGUUAGAAUCAAAAGACUCUUGUGAGGAACUGGCAACGAUUUUGAGUAUGGCCAAUCCGGUCACCAUGGGCUGUCUUCAGUGCUCGGCCUUCUUCGUCGAUGCCGCCCACGACAGGUACGGUCUUGUCUACGGUAUCCCUUCUCACUUGUCACCUCAACCUGGGCAGCAGCUACGGACCUUGCAUGAUCUGUUCCGAGAGACCAGCCAGACUAAAAGGCUGUUGCAUCCUCUAAAUCGACGCUUUCACGUGGCCAGCAUGGUUGCCACAGCAUUGCUCUAUGUACACGCCAUGGGUUGGGUCCACAAAUCUUUGAAGUCGGACAAUAUUUUGAUCUUGGAGGGCAACCAAGCUGACGCCAAACAUCGAUUCCCAUACUUGAUUGGCAGCCCAUAUCUGGUCGGGUUCCCAUACGCGCGACAAAAUACCGCGUUAUCCGCGCCAUUGGCCUUUCAGGAAGCGUCAACGACGGGCGUAGACAUAUACCGUCACCCCGGCCGCCAGGGAGUCGCGCCCGCUGAGCGCUUCUCGAUGUGCCACGAUCUGUACAGCUUAGGGGUGGUCCUGCUGGAAAUAGGACUCUGGAAGGCUGUUGACGAGAAACUGGGCGAUUUUCAGGGCAAGACCCCUGCGGAGGUCAAAGACAAGUUACUGAACAUGGCGCAACAUCUCAGUGUUGUCAUGGGCAGAAAAUAUCGGGACAUCGUUCUGACUUGUCUACAUAUCGGCGAAAACGAAGAGGUAGGGUCGGUCAGGUAUGUGCAAGAGAUCCUUGGUAAGCUGGAGGAGCUAUCGACAGUGAUGAAUUGA